AUGGUAGCAGACUCGAAGCCGCAAUUCAGCACUCACCCACCACCCACCAAGCUCGCCAUCCUCUCCUUCCCGUCACCCCAGAUCCUCCUCGUCACGCUCAACAGACCCAAACAGCUCAAUUGCAUCAACCUAGACGGCCAUGAAGAACUGCAUAGGGUGUGGGCUUGGAUGGACGAGGAGCCUUCAAUCCGCGUGGGCAUCAUCACCGGGACGGGGCGCGCGUUCUGUGCUGGAGCUGAUCUGAAAGAAUGGGACACCCAAAGCACAUCCAAGCCCCGCCCCAUGCCCGCCUCAGGCUUUGGCGCCCUCUCGCGACGCUCCGGCCUCAAGCCCGUGAUAGCAGCCGUGAACGGCCUUGCCUACGGCGGCGGCUGCGAAAUCAUAAUAAACUGCGACAUGGUCCUCGCGUCCCCAAGCGCGACCUUCGCUCUGCCGGAAGUCAAGCGCGGCGUCGUCGCUCUAGCCGGUGCGCUUCCGCGGCUCAUCCGCACAGUCGGGCGACCGCGGGCGAUGGAGAUGGCGCUGACGGGGCGGACGGUCAGCGCGAAGGAGGCGGAUAGCUGGGGGCUGAUCAAUAGGGUCGUGCAGGAGGGAGGGGUGGUAGAGGCGGCGGUGGAGAUGGCGAAGAGCGUUGCGGAGAACAGCCCUGAUGCUGUUGUCGUGAGUCGGGAGGGGCUGAAGAUGGGGUGGGAGGGCAUGGGGGCGGAGGAUGCGACGAGGAUCUGGGGCGAGACGUGGUAUCCGAGGUUGAUUAGGGGGGAGAAUAUGAAGGAGGGGGUUAGGGCGUUUGUGGAGAAGAGGAAACCGAAGUGGAAGGAGGCGAAGCUGUAG